UGUCCUGUGGUAUGAUGAGGAAGUGUUGGUGUGUUGAGAGCUCACCGGAGUUUGAAGCGCUUUACCAGAGCGAGCAGAGUUUGGUUUAAAGGGGGUAAAGGAUCUGAUAGUGAUGGAGAAGAGGUUCUGACAGGGAACUCUGGUGGAUUUUCUUACAGGCAUUAACACACACACACACACACACACACACACACACACACACACACACACACACACACACACACACACAUACACUCAAAUACAAAAGGAUACUUAGAGAAGAAGGUGUGUGCAGGUGAACAGGGAGGAGAGAACUGGCACGAUGGCCAGCAAGUAUCACUGGCAGAGUCAGAAUGUGAAACAGAGUGGCGUGGACGACAUGGUGCUGCUCUCCAAGAUCACCGAGGACGCUAUCGUCGAGAACCUCAAGAAGAGAUACAUGGACGAUUAUAUCUUUACCUACAUCGGAUCCGUCUUGAUUUCUGUGAAUCCUUUUAAACAGAUGCCGUAUUUCACGGAUCGAGAGAUCGAGCUUUACCAAGGAGCAGCCCAGUAUGAAAACCCACCUCAUGUCUACGCCUUAACAGACAACAUGUACAGGAACAUGAUGAUUGACAGCGAGAAUCAGUGUGUGAUCAUCAGUGGAGAGAGUGGAGCAGGAAAAACAGUGGGUGCCAAGUACAUCAUGGGCUACAUCUCCAAAGUGUCGGGUGGUGGAGCAAAAGUUCAGCAUGUAAAAGACAUCAUCCUGCAGUCCAACCCUCUACUAGAAGCCUUCGGAAACGCUAAAACGGUCCGCAACAACAACUCCAGCCGCUUUGGGAAAUACUUUGAGAUCCAGUUCAGCCGUGGAGGAGAACCGGAUGGAGGCAAGAUCUCCAACUUCCUGCUGGAGAAGUCUCGGGUCGUGAGCCAGAACGAGAACGAGAGGAACUUCCACAUUUUCUAUCAGUUGAUCGAGGGAUCUUCAGCCCAGCAGAAGGAAGCUUUAGGGAUCAUGACUCCUGACUAUUAUAACUACUUAAACCAAUCAGGAACCUACAAGGUGGACGGCACCAACGACAGCCAUGACUUCCACGAGACCAUGGAAGCCAUGCAGGUCAUCGGGAUUCCCGGAGACAAUCAGAUGCAGGUCCUGCAGAUUGUAGCUGGAAUCUUACACCUGGGUAACAUCAGCUUCAUCGAGGUGGGAAACUAUGGCCAAGUGGAGAGCACAGACUUGCUGGCUUUCCCUGCCUACCUGCUGGGCAUCGAUCAGAACCGGCUGCAGGAGAAACUCACCAGCCGGAAGAUGGAUUCCAAGUGGGGCGGCAAAUCCGAGUCCAUCGACGUGACGCUAAACCAGGAGCAAGCGUGCUACACGCGUGACGCUCUCGCCAAGGCCCUGUUCACACGUGUCUUCGACUACCUGGUGGAGGCCAUAAACAAAGCCAUGCAGAAGCCCAUUGAAGAGCUCAGCAUCGGAGUUCUGGAUAUUUACGGAUUUGAAAUUUUCCAGAGGAACGGCUUCGAGCAGUUCUGUAUCAACUUUGUGAAUGAGAAACUGCAGCAGAUCUUUAUCGAGCUGACUCUGAAGGCUGAGCAGGAGGAAUAUGUCCAGGAGGGGAUCAAGUGGACUCCAAUCGAUUACUUUAACAACAAAAUUGUGUGUGAUCUCAUUGAAAAUAAACUGAAUCCGCCGGGUAUUAUGAGCAUCCUCGAUGACGUUUGUGCCACCAUGUAUGCCAAGGGCGAAGGGGCCGAUAGCACUUUACUGCAGAAGCUGCAGGCUGCAGUGGGAACGCACGAACACUUUAACAACUGGAGCUCUGGCUUUAUUAUCCACCACUAUGCAGGCAAGGUAUCCUAUGAUGUCAAUGGUUUCUGUGAAAGAAACAGAGAUGUGCUUUUUACCGACCUCAUAGCGCUGAUGCAGAGCAGCGAACAUGUCUUCAUACGCAGCCUGUUUCCUGAAAACCUCAACACUGAAAAGAAAGGCAGACCAACCACAGCGAGUUCCAAAAUUAAAAGGCAGGCGAACGAGCUGGUGGAUACGCUGAUGAAAUGCACUCCGCAUUAUAUUCGCUGCAUCAAACCCAACGAAACCAAGAGGCCCAAAGACUGGGAGGAGAGCCGGGUGAAACAUCAGGUGGAGUAUUUGGGUUUACGUGAGAACAUCAGGGUGCGCAGAGCCGGGUUCGCCUACCGCCGUAUUUUCCAGAAGUUUCUACAGAGGUACGCUAUACUGACCCCAGAGACGUUCCCGCACUGGCGUGGAGGAGAACAGCAAGGUGUCCUGCAUCUACUGCGCUCCGUAAAUAUGGACAACGAUCAAUACCAGCUGGGCCGCACUAAGAUCUUUGUUAAAAACCCAGAGUCGCUGUUUCUGCUGGAAGAGAUGCGUGAGAGGAAGUUUGACACAUUCGCCAGGACCAUCCAGAAAGCCUGGAGGAAGUAUAUCGCCAGAAGGAAGUACGAGCAGAUGAGAGAGGAGGCUUCGGAUAUUCUCUACAACUCGAAGGAGCGGCGCAGGAACAGCAUUAACAGGAACUUUGUUGGGGAUUAUCUGGGCAUGGAGGAGAGGCCUGAACUGCGUCAGUUCCUGGCCAAGAGAGAGCGAAUUGAUUUUGCUGACUCGGUGAAUAAAUACGACCGCAGAUUUAAGUCUAUUAAAAGGGAUUUGAUCCUGACACCGAAGGGCAUCUACCUGAUCGGACGAGAGAAGAUCAAGAAGGGCCCGGAGAAAGGCCAGAUCAAGGAAGUGCUGAAGAGAAAACUCGAAGUGGGGUCCAUACGCUCCGUUUCGCUGAGCACAAGACAGGACGAUUUCUUCAUCCUGCACGAGGCUCAGUACGACAGCCUGCUGGAGUCCCUGUUUAAGACCGAGUUUCUGAGCUUGCUGUGUAAGCGCUACGAGGAGCAGACCAAGAGCAAACUCACACUGGUCUUCAACGACAGGCUGGAGUUUCGUGUGAAGAAGGAGGGAUGGGGAGGAGGAGGGAACCGCAUGCUGAUGUUUUCUAGAGGACAGGGAGACAUGGCUGCGAUCAAACCUGCAGGAAAAACUCUGAACAUCAGCGUAGGAGACGGACUGCCCAAGACGUCCAAACCGACAAGAAAAAGCAUGCAGCCUUCACACGGAGGCCGUCAGGCCCCCAACCGAGGUUACCAGAACGGAGCGGCGCAGUUUUCGCGUGGACACGUUCAGCCGCAGGAGCAGACCUACUCCAAACCCGAUAAGUGGAACCGACCGCCCAACGCUGCCCUGCCCAAACUGGACUCUCAGAAAAGCAGACGAGGUACAGCCCAGCACACACAGCCUGCUAACCUGGACUUCCUCAACGUACCUGAUCAGGGUGUGUCUGGAAUGCAAAGAAAAAGAAGCAUCAGUCAACGUCCUCCUCCGGCCCCCAGCAGCCGGCCCAAAGCAGCACCCCGACCGCAGGGGCCCCGAUGUCGUGCGCUGUAUCAGUACGUCGGUCAGGACGUGGACGAGCUCAGUUUUGAUGUCGGUGAUGUUAUAGACCUCAUUAAAGACGAUAUGUCUGGUUGGUGGACUGGCAGGAUGCACGGGAAAGAGGGUUUAUUCCCUGGAAAUUACGUAGAGAAAAUCUGAGAAGCCCAGAACUCCACAACUCCGAACUGUGACCUCUGACCUCACUUUGUUCAUCAAGCCUUCCGAACCUCCGAAACCUCAGGAUAUGCGUCUGGUGAUGACGAGGCGCACGGGUCAGGGACACGAGCGUUAAACAUGAGCACAGAGGAUUCACUGGUGGCGUGUUGUAACAUUGCAAUGGUCCACGUGCGCUCUGACAGAAACCGGAUUAGACUGGAACUUCUUUUUUUUUUUUUUUUUCAAAGGACAAAUAUAUAUUUUUACUUGCAAAGGCAUUAUGUUAUUUUGAAUUAUAAAUUCCCCCCGACACAAACACACACACACACACACACACACACACACAACACACACACAGCCAUCACUCCUGCUGCACAAACACAACAUGGCACUGUUUUAAACACACACACAAAAAAUCAAGAAUACAGUCCAUAUGGAGUAUUUACCAUUUUUAUAUAGUUUAUAUCAUUUUUUAUUUUUUUUUUAUUUUUUAUAUAUAGUAUUAAUGCCAUUCCAAGUCUUGAAAAUACAAAUCAAAGGUACUAAUAUUCACACUUUACAUUAAAAAAAGUCUUUCUGUAAAUGUUUGUCUCUAUGUUGAAUAUUUUUAAUUAAACAUCAUCUUAGGGAGCUUUUUGUUUCCAAAAAAAGCUGUAAAUGUUCUUUUUUUCCAAAUAUGUGAGUAAAAAGGAUUCCACACCCAGA